UCGCAAUUUCAUCGUACACAGAAUCGCCGAGUCCAUCCAAAACGCAUCAUGUCGGACAAGGAAAGUAAGGAAAAGCCCAAGCUAGACCUUGGAUUGCUUGAAGAAGAUGAUGAAUUUGAGGAGUUUCCUGCAGAAGAUUGGGCUGGUAACAAAGAGGACGAAGAGGAGCUAAGCGUGUGGGAAGACAACUGGGAUGACGAUAACGUCGAGGACGAUUUCAACCAACAGCUUCGGGCGCAGUUAGAAAAACAUAAGUGAUUCCCCUUUGCAACAACGUUUCGGCAGAUUUUUUAUAAUAAACAUAAACGUUGUCGGUAGGCCUA